GUGGAAGUGAAAUGAAUCCAGCAGAACACUGGUUGCAACGGAUUUCACCUAUUGUGAGAGCGUGACAACUGCCUUGAGAAAGAACUAUAUAGUCUGCCUACCUCAAAUGGAACAUCACCUCUUGCUUUGUGCACUGAAAUAAAGGACAAAGUAAACAGGUUUUUCAUCAUGGAUUGUCAAGAAAAUGAGUACCGGGACCAAUGGGGGCGCUGUGUCACCUGCCAAAAAUGUGGCCCUGGACAGGAGCUCUCCAAGGAUUGUGGUUAUGGAGAAGGUGGAGAUGCAUACUGCACAGCUUGCCCACCCCGAAAGUAUAAAAGCACAUGGGGGCAUCACAGUUGUCAGACUUGCAUCACCUGUGCUGUCAUCAAUCGGGUCCAGAAGGCCAACUGCACAAAUACCUCUAAUGCUAUCUGUGGAGACUGUCUGCCCAGGUUCUACCGAAAGACACGCAUUGGGGGCCUUCAGGACCAAGAAUGCAUCCCUUGUACAAAGCAGACUCCUUCUUCUGAGGUUCAGUGUACCUUCCAGUUGAGCUUAGUGAAGGUAGAUGCACACACUAUUCCUCCGAAGGAAGCCACACUUGUUGCACUGGUGGGCAGUCUGCUAGUGGUAUUUUCCUUUGCUUUCCUUGGCCUCCUCUUCCUAUAUUGCAAGCAUAUCUUCAACAGACAUUGUCAAUGUGGAGGUUCCUUGCAAUAUGAGGCUGAAAAUGCAGUGGAAGAAGAUUCUCUUUUCCCCGUGCCAACUGGCCAGGAGACCAGUCCAGAAUUUCCAGUGAAUGAGAGCAUCUUUGAGAUUAAGCCACUUAACUCCAUCCUGGAUGGCGACUGCAGCUCCACUCGUGGCUUCCCCACACAGGAGUCCUUUACCAUUGCCUCGUGUGCCUCAGAGAGCCAUUCUCAAUGGGUCCAUACCCCCAUUGAAUGUACAGAGCUGGACCUGCAAAAGUUUUCCAGCUCUGCCCCCGGGACUGGAGUUGAAAACUUGCGAGAGAACACAGCUGAAAGCUUUGGAGCAUUAUGUACCAUUUGAAGUUCCCAGCCUUUAACUUUACUGAGGUCUCUUUUGUUCUUGGCAACCUUGCAAAUGAUUGUUGCUCGACUUUUCUGUUCGUCUAUUCAGCAACAGUAGCAUGGGCCUGGGAUGUAGGUCCCACAAUAACCCCGUACUCUAAAAAUGGGGUAUACAGAGCACCAUCCUACCAGAGGAUUAAUUCCCCACCAUUUGUCCUAGACUGAACUUGAACAUUUUUUGUUUGUUUGUUUGUUUGUUUGUUUUCUUAUCCUAGUAUGGAGAUCCAGAUUCCAUAGCCAUUGGACUGCUGGGCACAUUCUUUCUGUUUAAUUAUAGCAGUUGAGGGGAAUAACAAUGAAUGGGGUCGAGUUUUCCUGCCUGUAUAAGUUUUCUGCCUAUAUUUUUGACAGGUAGGCCUGAAAUAAGUGGUAUACAGACUAUGGUGUCAUCCACCUACCACUUUAGAGAGAAAUAUGACAUGCUUCCUCUUUCAGCUUUCUGCUUUGACUCUCUCUUCCACCCUUCCUACACACACCUCCACACACACAAAGUGAGAUGGGAGGCCUGACCUCUUGAUUCUACAACACAUAUCCUACACUUCUAUAACUGUGAUAGCUGUGAUGCCAGCAGGUUUGUUACAGUCUUCAUUCUCAAAGACAGGCUACCAACACUCUCUAGUGGGGAUUCAAAUCAGUGCCUUUUAGAUUUUUUUAACUGUCUUUUCCUAAAUUUCUUUCAAUCUUUUUACUCUAAUAUUCUUACCUUUAUCCCCUUGCAGUCAAGUCUUGACUCUGAAGUUUCUGAGGUGCAGGAGGUAGUGCGCUGCAGAGCUAAGUGGACCAUUUGGUGCUUUCUUGGCUUAGAGAAUAGUUAGUCCAUUUCUCUUAAGCCUGAGCCUCCAGUUUCACAU